GCACAUGAAGGCAGCAUCGUGUCUUGUCGCAUAUCCAGCUAGCUGACUGUUAGCUUUUGUGUCAGUAUGGAGUAUCGUUUGUUUGUUGUUUCUGGUUAAUAACCCGCUGGGAUUUGGUGGCUUUAAUGUUCCGCACAGGUGACCUAAAAACCAUCGGUAAAGCGGGAACUGGCUGGCACUUUCACCGGACAAUGGACGAGCUGGUCCAUGACUUGGUGUCAGCACUAGAGGAGAGCUCGGAGCAAGCUGCCCGGGGUGGCUUCGGUGAUGGGGGAGACCACGCACUGGCAGUGGGCUGUCUGCUGAAGAGACAGGCUCGGAAACGGAGGGGCAGGAAACGACGCUCAGACAACCCGCAUCCGCCAUGGGAGACGGCCCACCUUAGUGAGGGUUCAGAGUCCAGUGUGGAGGAACAUAAGGACUACCGUGCCAGUUCAGGAGGUGUCUCAGCUGCCAACAGCCACGCCCGUGACAACAGCGAUUCCGAUGACCAGCUUGGCCCCAAAAGACGACCGCUCCAUGCUGCCGACCUUGGACGAAGCAAGAGGCCAAUUUGGCCUGACGACCUGGCCGUCCUGGGGUCAGCAGAGGGAACUCGCAGCCUUAGACGCCGACGUAAGGUCAAACGUAUGGCUGUGGACCCGCCACUAGAACCAGAACCUCACUCCUCCAUUCUGCUUGGCCCCCCACCUGUCCCAAAGGCCCGUGUUGGCAGCAAGCCGCAAAGACUAUGUGGUAACGAGAGUAAGGGUGCCAUGGAGCUAUGUGGAGGUGGCCUGAUAGGAUCUGUAGGAGAAAAGAAUCGUGUAAAGAAGAGAAAAUUGGCAAUGCAGAGACUUGGACUGGAAGCUGCAGAUGAAGGGGUGGUUGUUGAGAGUGAAGACCCUCUGUCUUCACUGAAAGAAGGAUCUAAGGAAAAGAUGGACCUGGAUGAGCAAAAGGGCUCAGAUGAGGACAUGAGUGACAGGUGUGAGACCAGCAGCGUCAGUAACAGCAGUGAUGGUGGCCUCUAUACCAAUGAUGAGGGGAGGCAAGGCGAUGAUGAACAAAGCGAUUGGUUCUAUGAUGGAGAAACAGGGUCUGGAUCUGGGCCUGGUGGUGCAUGUGGGAUAGCAGGGGUGGUUCCCUGGUGGGAGAGAGAGGCGGCAUCGGAGGAGCUGGACCUCGCCGACCCCGUCUUCAACAGCAUUCUCACCGGAUCCUUUCCGCUCUUGAGCCCCACCUCGCAUAGAGGCUUUCAGGCCAGGUUGAGUCGUCUUCAUGGAAAUCAGCAGGGAUCUGAGGCGGGGCUGGCAGGAAGUUCUAGUCAGGGCUUCAGUGAAAGGCUGAGCCAGGACCCCCACGAGCCUUGGUUUAGCUCAAGCUCCAGGAGGGACCACAGCCAGUUGCACUGGGAUCCACGAACAGAGAGAGGGCAUCGGAGGAGCUGUUCAGUAAAAACAGCAAGCAGACAGACCAGCGGACACCUUGGUUCUCUGUGCACAGGCGACAUAAAGCGGAGGCGAAAGGCAGCACCUCUUGGUACUGUUGUACCCUCAGUUGUGGUUGGAGAAAACGCGGCUCCCAUCCCUGAGACGAACAUGGGGAGUCGCAUGUUGCAAAGCAUGGGCUGGAGCCCGGGGAUGGGCCUCGGCCCUGAGGGAAGGGGUAUCACCGAGCCCAUCCGGGCCACACAGAGACCCAAAGGGGCAGGCUUAGGUUUCAACUGAUCUGCCAAUUCCUGGACUCUGGGACAAGAUGCCUCGAAAAAGACAGAUGGAUGAAAUUCUCCUCAAGAUGAUUCUUAACCAAAGUCCUGCGAGCUACACGUAAAGAGGAGUGAGGCUUGUUCCACCACGAACGUCUGUGGUGACAAACCUUCCCAUAUUGGGGAAACUUUAAGAAGCCUGGGAUGGAGUCAUGUGACAGUAAUAGAUGGACAGGAGCUGUAAAAGUGCUCAAACUCCCAUGUUGGAGAACUUGACAUUAAAUGCUUGAUCACAUGUUACCUCAGUGUUAAAGGGCAGAGAGCCAAGUGUUUGAGCUCAUUCUGAGUGUGUGUCACUGAUAACAGUUCAGUCUGUUAGCAGUCAGCCAAACUGGCUGCAGCAUUGACUAGAAAUGGUUUUGUCUGAGAUUGCACAAAUGUUUUUGAAUCAAAUGUUUUUGAAUCAAAUGUUUUUGAAUCAAAUGUUUUUGAAUCAAAUGUUUUUGAAUCAAAUGUUUUUGAAUCAAAUGUUUUUGAAUCAAAUGUUUUUGAAUCAAAUGUUUGAAUAGGCCAUACCUCAGCACACCUUUUUAAGUUUAUUUUUUAUCAUUAUGAAGUUAGCAGAUUUAUCUGGAUGUAUGUAUUAAUUCAUUUUAUUCAUUUAAUUAAGGAUUCGGUGUCAUUAGAAAGGUUUUAUUUCUUAACAAACAAGAAAAAUAAAACUCUAAAUCUCA